AUGCAGGAAGGGUUGAAGAAGAUGAAUAAGAAUAAGAAGCUGAUGAAGAAACUCGCCAAGAACUACCACGCCUUUCUUGCAUCAGAAACAAUCAUCAAGCAGAACCCAAGGCUUUUGGGUCCUGGUCUCAACAAGGCACGGAAGUUUCCCACUCUGGUUUCUCACCAAGAAUCACUAGAGGCAAAGGUGAAUGAGACAAAGGCCAUUGUCAAAUUCCAACUUAAGAACGUUCUCUGCAUGGGGUUUGCUGUUGGCAAUUGUGCUAUGGAGGAGAAGCAGAUAGACGAAGCUCAGGAAACAGAGGCUAGGGUUAGGUUUUGCAAGAUGGGCUUAGAAUCGCUCUGA